AUGAUUUACAAACGGCUUUCCGCUCAGUACAAGGGAAUGGCAAACCGCUCCUGGAAAUUAAUCGCCAUGUUCCUGCCCCAUAUUAUUGGCGAGCUCAAAGGUCUCAGUUACAGUGUCAAUUUACUCCAGUGGCUCUCUAUCACCGGAGUUGUGGUCAAUACGAUCAGUUCAUACCAAGAUCGAGCAAUCCUCGAUCAAAUUGAGCAUGAUCUCAAGGAAAUCAAAUCCAAGAGAAGACUACUAGAUGCAGAACUGGAAGUCUGCCAAGGGCACAGCACAGGUAGCAAAAGAACUUGA